AUGGAUUAUCGUUCUUUUGAGUUCAAUUUGACAUGUUUGGAAGGCAUGAAAGUGAAUUGCUUGUUCAAAAUGCAUUUAUAUGCUGAGUUCUCCAUCGUGGGAAAUUCGAGUUCAAAGCAACAAACUCUGGUUGGAAAAUAUUUUUGUGACAAUCCGAUGCGGGUUCACUUGGAAGAAUCAAAGCUCCGCCAAAACCAGUUGGUUAUCAGGAUUCAACUCCGACACAGACGAGUCCUGAGAGGGGAUAAAACCAUUGCAGAAGUUCAUAUUCCCGUUAAAAAGCUUUUUGACAAUUGCGAUGAUUACAUAAGCGAUCAGUAUGGCGUCCAUCAGAUCUUGACGCCGUCGAUUAAGCCUAAAGGGUAUUUGUAUUUUUCGUAUAAGUUUGGCGAGAAGUUUGCACUGAUGCAGGGACGUCAAGAAGGACACGACAAGGUGUAG